AAAAAAAGUGCCUCGUCAUGCCUCACUUUCAGGCUCAGUGAGACACAAAUCAUUAGUCAGCAGGUUUCAGGCGCGCGCGGUCACGUUGUUGCGUCUGCCCGGGCUCGCGGCCUGCAGGUGGACCGGAUGUUUUGAAGCUGCUUCCCUCCCCUAAAAUACUUGGGCUCUGCUCGGGCUCCCUGCUCCGGCUCUCCGCUGUGCCGCGCCGCACCGCACCGCCGCUGCUGUCUCCGCCAUGGCUGUCAACAAGACGUACGUCGGUAUCGGCUACGCCUCGUUCGGGCUGCUCAUGGGCUUCUCCUCCUUCCUCGUGUGGAACAUCGUGUACAAGCAGCCGUGGACCGGAGCCAUGGGGGGGCUGUCAGGUGUGCUGGCUCUCUGGACCCUCAUCACUCACGUCAUGUACCUGCAGGACUACUGGCGGACUUGGCUGAAGGGCCUCAAGUUUUUCUUCUACAUGGGGGGUUUCUUCUCUCUGCUGUCAGUUGUAGCCUUCAUCACCUUCCUUUAUAUUGCCAUCAGCAACAAUGACUCCCUGACCAGCCCUCAGAGUCACUAUCUGUCGUGUGUGUGGAGCUUCAUGAGCCUGAAGUGGUCGGUCCUGCUCGCCCUGUCUGCUCGCCGCUACCGCAAAGAGUUUGCUGACAUCAGUAUCCUCAGCGACUUCUGAGGUUUUUCUUCCCACAUCCCAUAAUAAUUACUCAGACUACAGAGUUGGCUGUCUUGAAGCUGGAUCUCCAGCCUGAGCCUGCCGUAUUGUCACCGAGUCAGGGGAAAUCACACAAGAGUUAAAAAUACUUCAGUGUCCCUGGUUGCUCUUUUGCCUUCUUCCCAGUGUGUUCCUCACACAGGAGAUACUGUUGUCAGCUUUUAAACCAAAACCAGACGUGUUUUAUACAAUACUUGAUAGAUUUUUAUUUUCUUACUUUCCCAGUUUCCCAGCAUCUGACUGAGUUAUUCAUCCGAACAGUUUCCUGAUUCCAAAAUCGAUCUAAAUUGUAAUUUAUUUGACCCCGCUGCACACCUCUGUGAUAUUUGUUACCAGGCGCAGCUUCAUGCUGCAGUCACGAGAGGGCAGCAUACUUUCAGGAAUCGUUGCACACACACUCUUUGCACAACUUGAUGACUUUUAAUGUUUCAGUCUCACUCACAGAUUACACAAACAAUGAUCUGUGUCUGUUUGUCACAAGGUAAGAGCUUGGCAACUGCUGCCUCCAUAAUGUUUGUAGUCAGAGUUUGAUUUUUUUUCAAUUCUGGUUUAAUAUCUUCGGGAUGACAAUGACAUUCUCAAUGUAAUCAACCACUUGACUUUUGUAAUUUUUUUAUCAAUUUGACAGAGAAAGCAGUGAGACGUCUUGUGUGCUUGCUCACAGAUUGCUGUUAAUUUAUGUGAUUGCAUCCUCUUCAAAUCAUGUUAUUUCAUUUUGUUAUUACUUUGCAGUAUUUCCUCUCAGCUUUUAUGUCUGUACUUUAUCUUGAAUAUAAAAUGAAGUAUUAUGAAGAUGUGUGUCCACAUGUAUCACGGGAUUGAUUGUAGGAGUGCGUUUGUGUGAGAGGAGUCUCAGAAGGAUGUUAAUAAAAAAAACAAAAACAAGAAAUUGACACAUAC